CGGGCUUGGCAGCGGGCGGGGUCCAUUGAGUAAAGCCUUGCGUGCCUGCGCCCGCGACGGAGGCGCGCUUCAAAGCGCAGGCGCGGGGAGCGGGUGGGGGAGGAGGGAAAGCGGCGAGUAAGAUGGAAGAUGAGGAGGUCGCUGAGAGCUGGGAAGAGGCGGCAGACAGCGGGGAAAUCCAAAUCUCCUCCCAAAGUGCCCAUUGUGAUUCAGGACGAUAGCCUUCCCGCGGGGCCCCCUCCACAGAUCCGCAUCCUCAAGAGGCCCACCAGCAACGGUGUGGUCAGCAGCCCCAACUCCACCAGCAGGCCCACCCUUCCGGUCAAGUCCCUAGCACAGCGGGAGGCCGAGUACGCCGAGGCCCGGAAGCGGAUCCUGGGCAGCGCCAGCCCCGAGGAGGAGCAGGAGAAACCCAUCCUUGACAGGCCAACCAGGAUCUCCCAACCCGAAGACAGCAGGCAGCCCAAUAAUGUGAUCAGACAGCCUUUGGGUCCUGAUGGGUCACAAGGCUUCAAACAGCGCAGAUAAAUGCAGGCAAGAAAAGAUGCUGCCGUUGCUGCCGUCACCGCCUCCUGGGUCGUCCGCCAUGGGUUGCACUGCUGUGGCAGACAGUUGGACUUGAGCAGAGGGAACGACCUGACUUACUUGCACUGUGAUCCCCCUUGCUCCGCCCACUGUGACCUUGAACCCCAUGCACUGUGACCUUCCCCCUUCUCCCCCUUCCCACUGUGAUUGGCACAUCGACAAGGGCUGUCCCAAGUUAAUGGAAAGGAAAAGGGUGGGGGUUAGGGGAAGGUUGGGGGGACCCACCAAGGACUCAGAGAGUCAGACAGUGCCACUUGGCCACUUGGGGUAAAGCCAGUGCCAGCAAUAACAGUUUAUCAUGCUCAUUAAUUUGGGAUUUCAAAACACAAAUGAAAACUCACACCCACCCACCCCCAAGUGCAUGUCUCCAUCACUUAAAAAGUAAGUUCCAUUUGAAAAUAUCCUUUCUUUUUUUUUCUUCCUAUUUUUGUUUGUUUAUACAAAUAUCUGAUUUGCAAGAAAAAGUGCAUGGGAGGGGUUUUAGUGGUUUAAUGAAUUUUUAAUUAAGAAAGGGUAGUUUGGUAGUCUACUUAAAAAUGUUUCUGGGAAAUUCACUAGAAACAUUAACCAAUAGGAUUUUGGUGAGCUUAGCUUCUGUAUUCCUACUGCCGCCCGGAAAAGGGGCAGGGCUCUGCAGCCGCCAGGACAGAUGAGCACCCCAUGCCUAUACCUCCCUCCCCGAGCUAAGUCCCAGGGCAUCUGGGCCUUGCCUGGAGACUGGGCUAGCUCUGUAGGCUCGGAGAGCCUGGGGAGGGUGCCAACCCCACCUCUAGUAUUUUGGGAGAUAGGGAAAGUGAACCGACUUCCCCUUCCCAUACCCCUCAGGGUGGUUCCCUACCAGCCAGGCUUACUACUUCUAGAAGAGAGCAGAGUGCCAGGGAGUGAGACUGCAUCUCUGGGCUUAGAAGUGAAGGAGAGACGACUUGUUUAGUAUUUUGCCAUCAGCACAAGGAAAACCAGGAGAGAGUCUGCCUCCAGGACUCUGAGCCUUCUGCCUCGUAUGUUCAGAAGGUGGAUAGGUCUUCCCACUCCAGCAUGGCUUGAACUCUUAGGGGUCUGCAGUGCUCCAUCUCCAUUGAUGGCCCCAGCUCAGUAACUAUACCUGGUACAUUUCCUGUGUGCAAUCAGUACCUUGAAGGCAGAACAUUCUGAAUAAAGUUGGAAAAAGAACAGCUUUGCUUUGCAAAGAUUGAUGACAGACUCCUUAGAGGCCUAGGCUACCCAUCACCACUUUUUCCAGAGCGAGGGCCUGGAAUAAAGGCAGUUUAUCCUCUGUCCCUGGAGCCUGGGGUUUGCUUUGGCUCCUUGAGGUGGAAGAGACUAAGAGGGCAGCUGCCCAGGGCGGCUCUGUGUGUACCUGGCUCCUCUCAGGCUUCCUGAUCCCUUCCGUUGCACUGCGCCUUAUCCCUCAGCCAGCCAGACGACCUCCCUGCUCCUGACCAGCAGAUACGUUUCGGAGUGGUUGGUGUGGUUUUUGUGAUGAGGGCAGCACGUGGUGGCCAAGGUGGCAAGCUGAGUCUCACAGGCUCACUCCACCAUUGGUUCCCUGUGGGAAUGGUAGGCCAGGCCCAGCAAGCCAUGCCCCACCACGUCCUCUCCUCCGGAGGAAGGGCCAGCUGCCAGCUGAGUCAGCAGCUAGUCCAUAGCACAGCCUUAUAACUAUAAAGCCAGGCAUUGCCCAUGAGCAGAGCUGGAACCAGAGCUUCAGUCAGUAAGAGGGAGGAUUACCUUCAGGAGAAGGCAAGGAAGAAAAUUGGCUGCUAUCUUUAUAGUUCCACUGCCCUAACCAAGUGUCCACAUUCUAAAUGUAUAGUGUCCAUCCCUCAUGUAGUAGUGGUUUCCCACCCAAAGUGAGACUUUCCUUUUAAUUGGAGAAGGGUAUAGAGGUAGUCCAGGUGGGAAGGCCAGAAGUGCUGGUUGCCCAGCCAUUGGGACCACCUGUUCUUGCCCCACUACCCUCUAGUGGGGGGCCAAAGUAAAGGCUGGCUGGUGGGUGUCUGUGGAUUGAGGAUGUGGCAGGGACUGGUCCUCCCACCUCCCUCUGGCCAAAGAUGGGCUUUGCCCGUUGUGUGCCUGUCACCACCCACCAGCAGUCAUGACCUGGGCUUCCCAAAUGGAGAGGUAGCAGGCAACGUUUUUAGAAAGAAAACAGGAAACUGUAUUGUGUCGGGGGGAGACGGAAGGGAGAUGAGGAAACGGUUUGGAUUUUGUGUGUGGGAGGGUAUUUUUUUGGGGGUAGUUGUCCAUAACUUUCCUAAGUGCUUUUUUUCCUUUUCUUUUUUAAAGUAAGUUGCAGGCUUUGGCUUGGAAAACCCCAGGGGGAUGGGGGCAGAAACCUGAGGCUGCUGCCCCUUUAUCUGCCUUCACGGUACUGUCCCCUUCCCCCAGCUCCUCCCUGACCCCAUGGGCCAGGCCUCAGACCUUCCAGCUAACCGCUUCCCAUGAGCCACUACUCUGAUGUCAGCCUAUAACCAAAGGAGCUGGGGGGUCCAGGCCUGGUGACCAACCUUUCUCAGCCCACUCAAUCAGGGUGCUCCCCACCUGCAGGCAGGAGGCAACACCCUAUCUGCUACCAUCAGCCCCUUCCAGAGCCCAUCUGCCCCGCCCAGCCCUGCCCUGCCCUGCCCAGCCCAGCCAUACCCUGCUCUGCCCCAUCUGGGGGUGCCCUGCUCAGGGAUGGGCUGGCAGGGCUGUACCCAGCCUCCCUGGUAAGCAGAGACUCAAGAAACCUCUGGGGUCCUGUUUUCUGGUCGUGUGAUCCCAGGGGUGCACAUGGGCCCCUUGGGUGUCUGAACAGAAGGGCAUGGGAGGGAGGGCCGCACCCCUGCAGUCUUACUCUGCUGGUGUAGCGGGCAGCUGCCUACUCCCACCCCACCCUGCACCGCGGGCUCCUGAAUUGGCAGAUUAAGCAUUUUAUAAAUUGUAUUUUAAAUACAUGUUUUAAACUUGUCA